AUGAACUCUCGCGAGCUCGCUCUGGUCUCCACGGCCACUGUUUUCGGUGCCUUGGCCUCUGCGCUCGCUUGCUGCUUCUUACUUUCAAACCCUAAAAAGCAGUCUCCCAAGCUUGAUUCGUCUGAAAACGGCGCCGUCCCCAGGAAAUACUCUUCUCAGAGCCCAUUUGACCCCUCAAAACGGAAAGGAUAUUUGUCCUGGGAUGAUUAUUUCAUGGCAAUUGCAUUUUUAUCAGCUGAAAGAUCCAAAGACCCUAACAGGCAGGUUGGAGCAUGCUUGGUGAGUGAAAAUGGGAUAAUUCUAGGAAUUGGGUAUAAUGGGUUCCCAAGAGGUUGUUCGGAUGACAAGCUUCCUUGGGCAAAGAAAUCCAGAACUGGGGAUCCUUUGGAGACAAAGUAUCCUUAUGUUUGUCAUGCUGAAGUCAAUGCUAUCCUAAACACCAACCAUGCUUCUGCUGCUGGACAGAGGCUUUAUGUCACCAUGUUCCCCUGCAACGAGUGUGCCAAAAUAAUCAUUCAGUCAGGAGUCUCUGAAGUUAUAUAUUUUGUGGAAAAGCAGUUAAAUAAUCCAGAUGUUGCCUACAUUGCUUCUCACAAACUACUUUCAUUGGCUGGUGUGAAAGUCAGGAAACAUCAACCACGUAUGAACCAAAUUUUGAUCAAUUUUGAGGAGCCCUAG